GCGACAGGUUAGAGCGCUCUGUGGCACGUCUCGGUAGGACGCUUCCUGAACGGCAGCUUUGAGAAACGCAAAAUCUCGUGGGUGGAAAUGGUAUUGUCUUCAGAACUGACAUAACAUUUCGAGGUGACACUGAAUAUGGCCCCAAAUUCCAUCCACUGGUUCCGGAAGGGUCUGCGUCUCCAUGACAACCCUGCACUUCAGGAGGCGGUGCGGGGUGCAGCCACUAUCCGCUGUGUCUACUUUUUGGACCCCUGGUUUGCUGGGUCCUCCAAUCUUGGGGUCAGCAGGUGGAGAUUUCUCCUUCAGUGCCUAGAUGAUCUCGACUCCAGUCUCCGGAAACUCAAUUCCCGCCUUUUUGUUAUCCGAGGUCAACCAGCCAAUGUUUUUCCACGUCUCUUCAAGGAGUGGGAAAUAUCCAGGUUGACCUUUGAGUAUGACUCAGAACCAUUUGGGAAGGAGCGGGACGCUGCCAUUAAAAAACUCGCAAUGGAGGCCGGGGUGGAAGUCAUCGUCAAGAUCUCACAUACACUGUACAACCUAGACAAAAUCAUAGAGCUGAAUGGUGGUCAGCCGCCCCUCACCUACAAGCGUUUCCAGACAUUGGUGAGCCGCAUGGACCCCCCGGAGAUGCCAGUGGAAACGCUGUCAAGCACCCUCAUGGGUUGCUGCAUCACGCCAAUUUCUGAAGACCAUGGAGACAAAUAUGGCGUGCCUUCUCUGGAAGAGCUGGGAUUUGACACAGAAGGCCUGUCCUCUGCUGUUUGGCCAGGUGGGGAGACUGAAGCGUUAACAAGGAUUGAGAGACACCUGGAGAGAAAGGCCUGGGUUGCAAACUUUGAGAGGCCGAGGAUGAACGCUAACUCCCUGCUGGCCAGCCCCACAGGCCUGAGUCCUUACCUUCGCUUCGGCUGCCUCUCCUGUCGCCUCUUCUAUUUCAAACUCACAGACCUCUACAGAAAGGUGAAGAAGACCAGCACCCCUCCCCUCUCGCUCUAUGGCCAGCUGCUGUGGCGGGAGUUUUUCUACACCGCCGCCACUGCUAACCCACGCUUUGACAAGAUGGAGGGCAACCCCAUCUGCAUGCGCAUACCCUGGGACAAAAACCCAGAGGCUCUAGCCAAGUGGGCUGAGGCCAAGACCGGCUUCCCCUGGAUCGAUGCCAUCAUGACCCAGCUGAGGCAGGAAGGCUGGAUCCAUCACCUGGCCCGCCAUGCCGUGGCUUGCUUCCUCACGCGAGGUGACCUGUGGAUCAGCUGGGAAGAGGGCAUGAAGGUAUUUGAGGAGCUCCUAUUGGACGCAGACUGGAGUGUGAAUGCAGGCAGCUGGAUGUGGCUCUCCUGUAGCUCCUUCUUUCAGCAGUUCUUCCACUGCUACUGCCCAGUGGGCUUCGGCCGGCGCACUGACCCUAACGGCGAUUUCAUUAGACGCUAUUUACCUGUUCUCCGAGGUUUCCCGGCCAAAUACAUCUAUGAUCCAUGGAACGCCCCGGACUCAGUGCAGGCCGCGGCGAAGUGUGUCAUUGGAGUGCAUUACCCAAAGCCCAUGGUGAACCAUGCGGAGGCCAGCCGCCUUAACAUUGAGAGAAUGAAGCAGAUCUACCAGCAGCUCUCUCGCUACAGAGGACUAGGACUUCUGGCUUCUGUGCCAUCUACGCACAAUGGGAACGGGAAUGGCAUGGCCUACUCUCCAGGAGACCACCAGUCCGGGACCCACACACCAGGCAGCUCAGUUGCCAGUGGAAACAGGAGUGGAAGCAUCCUUCUGAACUUUGACAGUGAAGAGCACCAGGGACUUGGCAAUAUCCAGCAUCAACAUCAGCAGGGCUACUACCAAAUGGCAGACUCUGGGCAGGUCGCUACCAGAAGCAGUCAACUCUACCAGUCCAAAAUCACUCAUGACAUUGCAGUUCCUCAUUAUGCAGGACAUCUGUCUCACACAGAAGGAAGUGUGACAGGGAAAAGGGAAAGAGAACCGGAACGAGAUGCUGAAGGAGAAGACGAUGCUCUCUCCAUUUCCCACAAACUCCAGCGACAAAUUGCAGAGAUCACUUCAGUCCACGGCAGCGAUGGGAACCACCCAAGUAUGAGGAUCUAAUGGGACAUAUCAAACUGAAGUGAAUCCAACACUGAGCAACUGAACACUGCGCAUUGUGAAGAGUAUCUUAUAAAAACAGCUCAUUUUGGAACAUGGAGGCUACUUUUUGUGUUUUUCUUUUUUCAAGGGUAUGGAGUUUUCGGAUGGGUUAUUUUGGGUCAGCUAUGUUAGGAUUCAGAAAGUAGCUUUAUUGUUCAGAAAAGGUUAGAUGGAUUAACAUCAGCUGAAGACAAAAUGAAGAAAAGUUCAUUCUCAUUCUUAAAUCUCCUCUGAAGUUUUUAUUCAGUUCCUUGGUAAAUAUUUUGUUAAUUGCAUGUAGGUAAACAUCAAUUCUUUUUUCAGAAAAAUGGAUACCCAUUGUAGUAACAUGCACAUCUGUAAACCUUUUAUAUCAGUCAGGAUAUAGAGGAUCUUGGGUCUUGGCAGCAGCCAGAGUUUCUCUGCCAGUUUUUAUGCAGCUGGUUUAGAGACCGUUACUUCAAACACCAGCCUGAUCUAAAAUACACUAGCUACAUACAACAACAUUUUUUUACAGAAACAUUAAACUUCAUUUCACGCUUGGAUUCAUACUCUCAGAAAAGAAGUCAUAUUGCAAAUUUUUGUAAACACAAAAGAUUUAUAGCUGCUUUUUAUAUAUUUUGUUAGUCUCUGUUGAAUGUAUUAGUGAUUGAACUGUAUGUAGAUAUGAAUAACAAAUAUAGUGAAAUGAAAACUCCUGGGACUGUAACAGGUCAGGGAAUGUAAUUUUUUACAUCCUCCACUUCAACGUUAGAAGUAUUUUUGUAACCAUUAGCUGAUCUGCACCGUAUCAUUUUAUCUGUGACUAAAAUGAUGUGAUAUAAAAAAUUCUAAAAUGUUUAGUGCAGUGCAGUGAUCAAUAGAGAAUCAAUUGCCACCAUUACAAAAGAAAUAUGACUAACUUAGAUUGUCUCUCAUGUAUGUUUUGUGUCCAAUGGUCAGACCUGGCCAGACCUCACAGACAGCAAAUGAACAAAAAAAUAGUGCUAAGGCUCAACACUGGGAAAAAGUAAAACGUAUACCAGCUAACCAGGGGAUGUGUCCAAGGUUGAUUUGAAAAUGAGGUCAACGAUACGUGGGUUUAAGGUGACUUAGCCUGGCACUUUUACUAACAUUUGUAGAUGUGCAAGAAGACCCCCUUUUAUCCUUUCUUCUCGUAUUUAUGACCUCUAACGAGUUAUUUUUUUAAUGUUCUGAAAACUGAGUCAGCAGUUUGUUUGUUUGUUUGUUUGUUUUUAAUCAUAAACAUAACCAUUAUUUGUUACAGGGUUUUAAAUAAUGAAAACAAAUGAACAUCAAUGUCUGACCGUAAGUCUUAGAUCUAUAGUUUGUUAUGCUUCUAAAGAAAUCUUACAUACCACGUUGCAUGUUGUAUAUAAGAAAUCCAGGCAUUGCUAAUACAAACAAUAUUUAAAGGCAAAAAAGCAUACAAAGAUAAAUGUCACAACAUGCCUCCAUACCCCAUCCCACCUUUCCACCCCAACUUGAUUUUUUCAUAAGCACGUCACUCUGAGCCAGAAUGGUUUUAUGCUGGUUUUUCCACACCCAAACUGGCCAGAUCCAAAUUCUACAGUUUUCCUCAAUACAAUCAAUUAUAAUUUUCUUUCCUUCAAGCAUCAAAUUAAACAUUACUAUUUUGGCUAUAUAAGUGGCUGUAUAAUUUAAGUGAUGGGGAAACGAAGCAUUUUGCUGCAUGUGUCCUUCAUCCUGGGUCUGAAGGCUCUCCUCAGGGACAUGUCCUGUUACUCUCCGUCCUCCCCAGCCAUUUUGAGACGGCUGCUGUUUCCUGCUAGGCAUUUACCACUCAAACAUUGCAUUUCUGUGUUUUCAUACAGAAAAAGAAAGUUGUCUUACAGCUGGACCUAAAGAAGGGGUGGCUUUUUUUUUCUUUUAAUUUUUUUUUUUUAAUUUUAUUUAUUUUAUUUUUUUGCACAAACCAUUAAAAACUUUUCUUCAUUUGAAAGAACACAUUAUUUCUAAGAGCAGCCAAAGUACUUGGGCAUUGCUCUUUUUUUUUUCAUAAACAUUGAUACACUCCAAAGUAUGUUAUGCUGGUAAAAUAGCAAACUUGAAGUGUCCAUCACAUAAAACGUUUACAGUAGUCCAAGUGUACCACAAAAGCUUUUUUUGUACAUCUAUAAUGUGUAGAUGUAGGCCAGAAACAUUCUGUGUGCACUGAUGAUCAUUUAAGUAAUUGACACAAAACUGUGCUAAAUUGGUGUUUGUGCUGUCCCUGGACCUGUUUUUUGGCAUAGUGGCAUGUGUACAGCAAAUAGCAAACAAUGGAUUGUUUUAAGUACGUGAAGGGUUAGUUUCAUUUUUCAGUAUUGGGAGUGCUUUUUGACUGUAAUUUUUUUGUGCUGAUGUACCUACCUACUUGUAUUUGUCACAGUAGAAUAAGUGAACCAUGUCUUUUCCUCCCACUUGGAGUAGUUUUGUUUCUUUUAUUUAAUUUCUGUGAAAUACUCUUCUAGUCUGUAAAUAUUUGUUGUUCUGCAAAAUCCGUUUGAUGACGGAAGUAAAUUGUUAAGAGUAGUUUGAACAUAUGAGCUGCUUUUGUGUCUGAACCCCAUAUCUUAUUUCUCAGCAUACUGUAUGUUAAUGAAUCUUAAUGUGUUUCUCAACAAAUAACCUAUAUUUUUUACAAAAAAGUUUUUUUUUUUAAUUUAAAAGUGUUUAAAUUUUGCUUGGUCAAAAGCUGGUUGAUUAAAAAGGUUGUUUUUCCUCUUAGAGAACAUAGUGUGCUUAACUUUAAAGGAGAAUUAUUAAAAUUUUUUCACAAUUUUA